AUGCCUCUCUUCGGGUCGUCUUCGCCACCCCCUCCGCCGCCGGAGUCUCCUAGCCGCAGCCGCGGUUUCUUCGGACGCCAUUCAGACUCGCCUGACGGCUACAGCAAUGGACACACCAACGGAAACGGCAAUGCUCCGACCAGGUCGUCGACUCGUUCGGGCGGCCUUUUCGGUCGUCGCCGCUCCUCGUCGUCCGACUCGGACCGUUCCGUAGAUCUGAGCAAGGAUCCCAGCAUCAAGUCCGCCCGUCGCAAAGUGACAGAGGCUGAAGCUGCUGAGUCCGCUGCCGACAAGGCCCUCAGCCAUGCCAGAGCUGCUGUGCGCAGUGCCAGGGAGGAAGUCAAGCAGCUCGAGCAGGACGCUCUCCAAGAAGCUCGCCGUGCUAAAGCUAAGCAGGCUGAAGCCAAGACUAUUAAGAAGAGCACCGGUCGCCUAGGCCGCCACGACUGA